ACCGACUGUUGUAAACACGAGUAAACUGUUGAAAGUUGAAAGCAAGAGUAGACUGUUGAAAAUCUAGACCGUGAGAUGGCGCUGAAACCAAUUCUAUUGUGUUUGUUUGUGUUGCAUCUCAGUGGGACACCAACAAUAGAAGCCUCGAGCCUUCAAUUUGUAGCGAACCCUUUAGUCAUCAAGCCUGUCUUGUCAAAAAAGCUUCAAGUACGAUGUGCUGUUUUUAACACAACACAGGAGAUCAUGAGAAGAAAUUAUAAAAAUAAGGGCUUGGUCGAGGGGAAGUUAAUCAGCAGCAUGGAAGAUCCGCAACCGGACGUGGGUCAUCUCAUGUCCAUCGUCAUCACCAAGUGGAACAAGGAGACUGACCAGAACGAGACUGUGGCCAGCGUUGCCGGGUGUCUGGCAGCUGGAGCAGAGUUCAACUUCCUGGGGAAAGUUGAGGUGGAGGGAAACACGGAGAGGUCACCUGUGCCAGGUGAGGUCGGUUACCUGAAGUUGACGUGGGACAGACCGCUUGACCAACACUCUGGCCUGUAUAGCUGUGAAGCUUCGGCACUAACAUCGGAGAAACAUACAAUAUCUCUAAGCGCAUCUUUGCAAAUCGUGGCCAAGGAACCUACCAUCUCAGAUAUUGUCGCCUACAUCUCUGAACACGACAAGAACAUCACAUCACUGAAAGAGGAAAACCAGAAGCUCAAACUGGACCUUGAAUCUUUGAUGUCAAACACGACACAAAACUUUACAGAGGUGCAGCAAAAAAUGGCGCUUAUGAAAGGUCAAAACACUCAAACCGGAAGCGUAACUUGCUCAGACCAGACGAUCCUCUUUUCACAGCAGUUCAAAAACACUCCGAUCGUAUACGUUGCCUUUGAAGCAUUAAGUGUUAGCGGUAGUGGAACUUACACUACCUCACUCUCUACGUCUGCAGUGUCUGUUUCAUCUUUCAAGCUGUCGUGUUCAUACACCGGUCAUGUGAAUACUUGGGGCCUCAGAGUCAGGUGGCUUGCUACUGAUUAA